AUGGCAAGUUUUGAACGCGAGCUAGUGAAAGGACUAUCUCCUCAGUUGAGAGUGACAUCGAGGUACCUGCUCUUCAAUAUUGCAUGGACCUUCCUUGCGGGGCACUUCACCGGAAAUUGGUCACAAGUGGAUCGCUUCUGGCCCCUUCUCCCGCCUUUCUACACCGCUAUAUACGCGUUGUUCCCCUUAUUCGGAAAUUCUGCGUUGAAACUUAAGAUUCAAAAUGUCCAGCCACGACCUUUGUUGAUGAUGUUUCUUCAGUUCAUUUGGUCCAUAAGAUUGACAUAUUACGCGUUCCGCAGAGGAUUGUUGUCAUUAAAUGAGGAAGAUUACCGUUGGCCAGUAUUCAGGAAGAUGGUCCCGAACAAAGCUUUCCAGAUCAUCUUCAAUUUUGGCUUCGUCGCGUUCUUCCAAAACUGUCUGCUUUACAGUCUUUCGCUACCUGCAUACGCGGCUGCCUCCAAAGUUUCCCCGCUCCAAUGCGGGGACGCGUUGCUUGCCGUCCUCGUUCUACUUUCUAUCGCAGGAGAAUCUAUUGCUGACAAUCAACAAUGGGUAUUCCAAAAGUUUAAAAAAACGAAGCGGGUCAAUUACGCCGAGGAAUGGCCAGGUUCUCGCUUGGGAUUGAAUGCUGCUGACCGUGGACGUGGGUUUCUGACGAAAGGUCUGUGGGCGUAUUCUCGACACCCAAACGUGGCAUGUGAACAACUCAUCUGGCUUUUCAUGUCGUUAUUUCCCAUCCUCGAAAACAACAAUGUUCAUAACUUCAUCGACUACUUUUUACUCAUGCUUCCUUCGCUUUCCCUAUGCCUCCUCAUCUACAGUUCCACGCUCUUCACCGAGAAGAUAUCCUCCUCGAAAUAUCCCGCCUAUAGGUUGUACCAGCAGCGUGUGGCAAUGUUCUGGCCGGUUGAAACCUGGAUCAAGACCCUUUAUUUGAAGUACAUAAAGGGCGAGAAGAUCAGACAGAGCGUGGAGAACGGGAUCUGGGGAGGUGAUGCUGGGGAAGCUACGGUGAUCCCCGAUCAAGGCAAGAAGACUUUAUUGAAGGAACAUUCAGACUGA